GGUUUGAGUCUAGACCCUGCUGCAGCAGAUCAUUAGCCUUUUCACGGCCGGGUGACAUCCGACUCCGGUGCAACUCCGACGAAGUUCUCUAGAGAAAGAUAAUCGACAAUCUAGUAUCCGAUUGAACUCUCGAUGAUUAACAUUGGAGAUGAUCAGAAGUGUCGUUAAUGCUGCUCCAGUUAAGCUAGGUAUGGAGCUUGAUCUCGAUGUGUUUCUCGCUUCACACGCUAGCAGUGAAAGCGACGAAGAUGAUGUAGUAAUCAAUUCCGCUCAUCGCCGGACCGUCGAUGAAAUUCUCAACGAGUCUGAUUCGUCAUCUUCCCAUUCCCCUCCUUCGCCUUCUUCUUCCUCUACUCCGUCCAUUAUUCGCCAUCCUGCUGAUUUUGAUGAAGAUGAUGUGAGAUCUCGAGCUGGAUUUUCUUCGGUACGUAGUUCUACAUCUUUAGUCGACUCUGGACCAGAAGAAUCCGUUAGGUUGAACCAAUUCAGUACUGUUGGUAGGGCAAAAUCGAGUGAUUUAUCCGGAUCAUCGUCCAUUGGUAGUAGGAGUGCUUUGCAUCCGCUGCCGCCUUUGUUUAGUGGAGUUAAGUCGAGUGCAAAGCCUGGAGCAGCUCUUGCUGCUGCCGCUGCUGCUUCUCGGUCGGUCACAACUUCCUAUGCUGCAGCUAUUAAAUCGAGAAGAACAAACAGCAUUUUACUGGGAACUGGGAAUAAUUUGGAGGCAGCUUCCGAGUCCAGUAAUGGUGGUUCCAAUGGCAUUGCCCAUGCCGUUAGUCUGCCAGAGAAGAAGAUUGUUGGAGCCGAUGAUAUUCAAUGGGGUGACUUUCUACCUCCAGCUUCAGGGUUGGCAAUGAGUGUAGACAUCAGUGAGGAAUUACCAAGAAAAGAUGAUAUGGGAAAGAGACCGGGGGAAGAUGGCAACAAAUUUAAUGAUACAGAGUUACACAAAAGAGAUAUAGACUCCUCUCAAGUGGAUGAAUUCCAUAAUGAAAGUAUACCUGCUUUAUCGACCCCCCACCUCAAACCAUACAUUAGAACAGUUAUCGAUCCCGAGGAAACCUCCAACGCUAACGAGGAUGGAGCUAUUUCACUACCAAACAUGAUAGAUGAUGAAACAGACAUAUCUUCAAAAGUACUGGAAACUAGUGUCACUUCGGGAUCUAGUGAUGUUAAUGAGCUCACAAAGAUACCAAGUGGUUCUUCAUACAAAUUUGGUGAGGAAAGUUUUGUUAUUGAUGAAUCAGUAAAGUUAACAUCAGAAACUGAUGAACCGAAGGAAGACUUGUUGUACUCCAAAGAUGGUGAAAUGAGUGACACAGAGGAUAGAGCCAGUCCUGGAAUUAAUACUGUGGACGCUGUUGGAGAAGAUGUUCAUCGUUUGGAGAGUGAGAUGAGUGGUGAAAAUACUGCGAUAAAACCAAAUCCUUCUUUGAAGCCUCUUGAAUUAGCUGAGGAAAUUGAGAAGACUCAAGCGUCCUCUGGUUUAGACUGGGAAACUGGUAUUGCUGCUCAACCUAUGAGGCUUGAAGGCAUCAAAAGGGGAUCAACUGCUCUUGGAUAUUUCGACGUUGAUAUUGACAAUACUAUAACAAGAGCUAUAUCAUCUCCGGCAAUUAGACGAGAUCAUGGUUCCCCACAAGUUGUAGCAGUCCAUCUUAACUUCAUAGCAGUAGGAAUGUCUAAAGGGACAAUUCUUAUAAUACCAAGCAAAUACUCCGCUCAUUCUGCAGACAAUAUGGAUGCAAAGAUGUUGAUUCUCGGGCAAGGGGAUGGUACUCGCUCCCCUGUAACAUCUAUCUGCUUCAAUCAACAGGGAGAUUUACUUUUUGCUGGAUAUAAUGAUGGUCACAUUACUGUUUGGGAUGUUCAGAAGGGUUCUGCAGCAAGACUAAUUACUGGAACACAUGAUGCUCCUGUUGUGCAUAUGUUAUAUUUGGGCCAGGAUGCUCAAGUUACCCGUCAAGUUACUCGGCAAUUUAGAGUAAUUAGUGGUGACAGUAAGGGCAUGGUUUGGUUAAUUUCAUUUUCUGUUUUGGCCUGGGUCAAUCGGUUUUCUUUUACUACAACGUGUCUUUUUGAUGGAAGAACAACAAGCACAGUACUAUGUGCAUCUGCGCUUCUUCCUGAGGACAUCUCUGGAGGUACAUCAAUGUCCUCCCAGGGUAAUGCUACCAGUUCACCUGGUGGAAUUGGUAGCAUGAUGGGAGGUGUUCUUGGUGAUGCUAGUUGGAGGUACCCAAGUGAAAAGUCUUCUUUGGCUGAAGAAGGUGUUGUCAUAUUUGCCACCUAUCAAAGUGCUGUUGUGGCUAAGGUCACCCCCAGCGUGGAAAUGUAUUCUCAACUGCCAAAACCAGAGGGCAUCCGAGAGGGUUCCAUGCCAUUCACUGCCUGGAAGUAUCUGGGGCAGCCACAAGCUUUAGCCGAAAAUGAACCUCUGGAAGCAUCAGGAAAGGUAUCACUGCUUGCUAUGGCAUGGGACCGAAAACUUCAGGUUGCAAAAUUAGUCAAAUCAGAGCUAAAAGUAAUUGGUAAAUGGACCCUUGAGAGCCCUGCCAUAGGUGUGGCAUGGUUAGACGACCAGCUAUUGGUGGUAAUUACAACAAAUGGGCAGCUUUCCUUGUUUGCAAAGGAUGGAACUCUUAUUCAUCAAGCCAACUUUGCUGUCCAUGUACCUGGAGGAGAGGAUCUUGUUGUAUAUCAUCCUCAUUUUAACAAUAUCUUUGGAAACUCUGAAAAAGCUUAUCAUAAUAGCAUAGCUGUAAGAGGGGCCACUCUUUACAUUCUUGGGCCCAUGCAUCUUUUUAUUUGCCGUCUUUUGCCUUGGAAGGAACGUAUUCAAGUUUUGCGUAGAGCAGGUGACUGGAUGGGUGCACUCAACAUGGCAAUGACGAUGUAUGAUGGUCAAGCCCAUGGUGUUGUUGAUCUUCCCAAAAAUAUAUCUGCUGUACAUGAGGUCAUCAUGCCCUACCUAGUAGAGUUGAUAUUGUCUUAUGUUGAUGAAGUUUUUUCCUAUAUAUCUGUGGCAUCUUGCAAUCAAGCUGAAAAGCUGGAAGGGUCAGACAACUCUGACGCUGGAGAUAGCUCGGUUCCUCUGGAGAUUAAAGAUCAAUAUACACGUGUUGGCGGUGUUGCUGUUGAAUUUUGUGUGCACAUUAGAAGAACCGAAAUACUUUUUGAUGAAAUACUUUCUAAAUUCAUAGCUGCUCAGCAGAAAGAGACAUUUUUGGAGCUUUUGGAGCCUUAUAUAUUGAAAGAUAUGCUUGGAUCUCUUCCUCCUGAGAUUAUGCAAGCACUAGUGGAGCACUACAGCAAAAAGGGCUGGUUGCAAAGGAUUGAACAAUGUGUUCUGCAUAUGGACAUUAGUUCACUGGACUUCAAUCAGGUUGUUCGGUUAUGCCGAGAGCACAGACUGCAUGGUGCUCUUAUAUACUUGUUCAACAAAGGCUUAGAUGAUUUCAGAUCUCCUCUAGAAGAGCUUCUGAAUGUUUCACGAAAUAGUGAAAGAGAAAGUGCUUCUUCACUUGGGUACCGAAUGCUUGUAUAUCUGAAGUACUGCUUUUCUGGUCUAGCUUUUCCUCCAGGCCAUGGAACUCUGUCCCCUACACGCUUACAAUCGCUUAGAUCAGAACUUUUGCAGUUUCUCCUUGAGAAGUCUGUUGCUCCAAGUUCAACCAUGGUUACUAGCUCAUUUACAGGAGUAUACAGAAACAUGUAUCAUCUAUUGGAGUUAGACACUGAAGCUACAUUAGAUGUUCUGAGAUGUGCAUUUGUAGAAGAGGGAAUUCAAGAAUUGGACCAUUUGUCUCAUGGUUUGGCUAACAUGAAUAUAGAUAGUAAUAAAGAAAAUCAUGCAAGUUGGAGACAGGAUGCACUGGUGCAAGAAACAGUUGAUGCUGUUAUUCACAUCCUUGACAUGAAAAACCUACCAAAAGAUGAGCCAACUGGCAGCAGUGAGUUAGGUAUUUGGCCUUCAGUGAAGGACAGGAGUUACAUGCUGGAGUUUGUUGCAUAUUAUGUUUCCUGUGAAAAGGCUACUAUUUCAACUCGCAUAUUGAGUGAAAUUCUUCAGUCUUUUACGACCGAGAUUAGCAUUUCUUCUGGUACUCAAACCAAAGAUGUUGAAACUUCACAAAAAAAAGAGAAGCAGGUCCUUGCUCUGUUGGAAGUAGUGCCUGAAGCAGAUUGGAAUGCAUUGUACGUAUUGGAUCUGUGUGAGAAAGCUGAAUUUUAUCAGGCAUGUGGAUUGAUUCAUGCCAUCAGUCAUCAGUAUGUUGCUGCCUUGGAUAGCUACAUGAAAGACUUGGAUGACCCAGUACAUGCAUUUGCCUUCAUCAAUGUAGCUUUACAAGAACUAAGUGGAAGUGAACUCCAAUCUUUUUAUUCAGCUGUAAUUUCUCGAUUUCCAGAUCUGAUUAUUUUAAGCAGACAGGGUGCUUUCUUUCUUAUCCAUGACCAUUUCAACAGAGAAAGUGAAGAAAUCUUGUCUCAUCUCCAGUCUCAACCCAAAAGCCAUUUUCUUUAUCUAAAGACUCUUUUCGAGGUUCACUUAUGUGUCACCCUAGAUGUUUCUCUCUUAAGAAAGGGCAAGGCCUGGGGAUUCUUCAAUGGGAGAAGAGGGAAAUAUGAGUCAGUUGAUUUAUACUUGGAGAAGAUAUCUGAUUUCCCAAAGUUUUUGCGUGAUAAUCCGGUUCACGUGACUGAUGAACUGAUUGAGCGUUACCUCGAGCUACUUUGCCAAUAUGAAAGCAAUUCUGUUCUGAAGUUUCUUCAGACGUUUGAGAACUACAGAGUAGAGCACUGUUUACGACUAUGCCAGAAAUAUGGAGUUAUUGAUGCUGCUGCUUUUUUGUUAGAAAGGGUGGGUGAUGCUGGGAGUGCUCUUCUGCUUACCUUGUCUGGCCUCAAUGAGAAAUUUGUUAAGCUUGAUGCUACAGUAUCAAAUGUAGUUUCAAGGGCUGGCAAGGAGCAUUCAAGUACUUUAUUAAAGGAGGAGGAGGUUGUAGACAUUCAGGGAAUAUUGCGAACAUGUAUUGUACUGUGCCAGAGGAACACUCCUAGGCUAGAUCCUGAGGAGUCUGAAACCCUAUGGUUCCUAUUGCUUGAUACGUUUUGCGAGCCUCUGCAAGAUUCGUACAGUGUUCGAGAGAACCAUGUCAGAUUGCUUGCUGAAUCUUUGGGUGGGAAAGUAGGUGAAGAAUCGUGCAUAAUUAAGUGGAAGAUUUCAAAAUCCCACAAGGGUUUCAAUGCUUUGAAGAAACUAUUUUCUCUGUUCAUUAAAGAAAUCGUUGAGGGAAUGAUUGGACAUGUUCACCUUCCAACUAUCAUGGCCAAACUCUUGACUGAUGGUGGUAGCCAAGAGUUUGGUGAUUUUAAAGUUACCAUAUUGGGAAUGCUUGGGAUAUAUGGUUUCGAGAGGAGAAUCCUGGACACUGCAAAAUCCUUGAUUGAGGAUGACACAUUCUAUACAAUGAGUUUGCUGAAGAAAGGAGCAUCACACGGAUAUGCACCACGAAGUCUGUCUUGCUGUAUUUGCAGCUAUCCCCUAACGAAGAAUUCCUCAAGAUCAGGAAUUCGUGUUUUCAAUUGUGGCCAUGCAACUCAUGUCCAGUGUGAGCCUCAAGAGAACGAUCAAACUUCACGCGAAGGCUCUCUUACUGGAUGCCCCAUCUGUAUGCCAAAGAAGGAUACCAAAUCAAGUAAGAGCAUUGUUGCCGAAAGUGGACUGAUAAGCAAAAUUCCUUCAAGAUCCCAUCAAACUCCAGGAAAUCUCUCCCACUUCCAACAUGAAAACGAUGCCCUUGAGAAUUCCUAUCGCCCCCAACAAAUUCCACGGUUUGAGAUGUUGAAUAAUCUUCAGAAGGACAAGAAAUUGAUUGAUGUAGAAAAUAUACCACCUUUAAGGCUUGCACCACCUGCUGUUUACCACGAGAAAGUAAAGAAAGGAGUAGAAUAUCUUGGAGGGGAGAGUAGUAACGGGCCGGCUAAGGUAGAAAAAUCUAGUAGUAGAAUCAAGCAAUUCCGGGACCUGAAGAUGAAAGGAUCAUCUCUUCGCCUGCCAUUGAAAUCAAGUAUUUUCAGUAGUACAAAGGAGAAGUCUGGUAAAUGAGGAAUUGAUCAUCAGUGAGCGCAUCUAAUGCUGGAUAGAUUUUGGAUUUAUUAUGUAUAUUAUUCGUUCCCAGUCCCAACCCUAAAAAGAAAACGAUAUAUAUUAGGCAGUCCUUACACAAGAUUCGGAAAGAAAAGAGAGAAUGAUGAGUGUACAUAGAACUCUCGGAAUGGUAACUUAAAAUUACAAAUAUUGCUUAAAUUUCUUUCUUGUUAUAUUGGUUCCAUACAUGCUACUAUGAAUAUAAUGUAAAUGAAGCAGAGUUCAUUUCAUCUCUUAA